UAAUUACGCUACGGGAAAUAGGUUCGCGGAGCUUCUUACAGCGAGGGGUCGUGUCGGCUGUCUUAUGGAAAGCGCGGAAUACCGUCCCCACGACGCGCGGAGCCCUCCUCCGGAACGUACGGCCCACUCGUCCGUGAUGGAGCAGGACGAGAGUCUGAUGGGUGAGAGGGUCUUGAAUCUCACCCUAGAGAUCCUCUACCUGUUAACCGGAGAGGACUAUAUCGUGGUGAAGAAAAAUGGCGGCUACGUCACGGAGAGCAGUGGUCCCGGCGACCCGGACGGGUCUGAAAAGAGUCCGAAAGUCCUCAUGGAGCCUCGUCCCGAUUCGCUGCUACACAAUCGAGACAACGACAAAAAGAUCCUGGAACUGACCAAUAAGAUCAUCCAGCUGCUGACAGGAGAGGAGUUUGAGUAUUUGGGAGAAAAGGCGGUCUAUAAGGACACGAUCGUGGACGAUGUCUAUACCUUCAGCUCACCAGAUAAACCUGUGAGGAGGAGGAGUACGCCGGAAGAAUCCGAAAACCUUAUUCCUUCCGAUCUCGCCAAGGAAGACGGCUGCGACAAAAAUAUGCAAAGAACCAAAUGUAGACGAAAAAGUAUACCCAGGAAGCUCCAGAGCCAGUCGGCGGCCGACGCGCCGGCGGAAGGUGGUGUCUCCUGGGAGGAAGAGAACACCUCGGACGCGGACCUUUAUACGCAAACCGGUUCAACGUACAAAGAGGAAUCGGCUUCUUGCGAAGAGGCGAAUCUCGCGGAUUAUACGUUGGCGUAUAUUAAGGAGGAACCGGGAGCGUUGGAAGAAGGUAACCUUCCGGAUAUAUACGCGCCCGCCGAGCGCGACCCGACCGAGACGUUCGCUAAGAAGAUCUCUUCCAAGUCGGAUCUUCUGACCCAACAGAGGUCUGCGGCCGGCGACAAGCUGUUUGAAUGUUCUUACUGCGGGAAAUGCUUCACGGGGAAUUCGGAUCUUACCAGGCACAAGAGGGUCCACACGGGGGAGAAGCCGUUCUCGUGCGCCGACUGCGGGAAAUGCUUCUCCCACAAGUCCAAUCUCGUCACCCACCAGAAGCUCCACACGGGGGAGAAGGCCUACUUAUGCUCGGAAUGCGGCAAAAGCUUCACCAACAGCUCCAACCUGGUCACCCACCAACGGGUCCACCGGGGGGACAAACCCUUCUCGUGCUUGGACUGCGGCAAACGUUUCACCCAUAAGUCGGAUCUGGUGAAGCACCAGAGGGUCCACACCGGAGAGAAGCCCUUUUCGUGCUCCGAGUGCGGCAAAUGUUUCACCAACACGUCAAACCUGGUGACCCACCAGCGGAUCCACUCCGGCGAGAAGCCGUACUCGUGCUCCGAGUGCGGCAAAUGUUUCAUCAGCAACGCCAGCCUUAUCAAGCACGAGCGCAUUCACACGGGAACCAAGCCCUUCGCCUGCCCCGUGUGUGGCAAAUGUUUCACCGAUAAGUCCAACCUUUCCAGGCACCGAUUGACUCACAUGCACAAGGAGACCAUUCAAAUCCACGAGGUUAUCCUCAGUGCCCGCUGUGUACCUUUCCUUAGAGGUUUUUGUAGUAGUGGUUCGGCGGGUAGACCUCUCGUGUCCUUCUACUUCUUGGCCGUGAAGAGCGUGGAGCUGAUUCCUGGAGAAGCCGCACAGAACUCGCCGUCCUCCAAGUACUUUCACAAAAGGGGCGGGGCCUCCACGCACAUCCUGUCUCCUGAUUGGAGGAACGGAGGAGAGAAGCUGUCUUUGUGUAAUCGGAGAGGGCAGAAUAUUGCAGACCGAUUCACCGAGAAAGAGAAGCGUUUCUGCUCCUCUUUCUCCCUGAAACUGUUGGCAAUACUCGAGCCCCUCCUCUGUGUCGAUCGCAUCGUCAUGGAUCCGUAUGAUUUCUCAGAGGAAAUGACUGACGCCCUGAUGGCGGCCAUGGACGGCAACUGGAUAACGGAACGGAUAUUGAACCUCGUGAUGGAGAUCGUCCACCUGCUGAUUGGAAAGGAAUACAUUAUCGCGAAGAAGAAACCCGGUGGAAGCACCGCAGAUAGUUCCUGUUCCUCGGUGCCAGAAGAGGUUUCCAGGACCCGAAACCUUAUAGAGACCUCCCCGGAGAACUACGGCCGGAAGAAUGACAAGAAGAUCCUGGACGUGACCCAAAAAAUCAUUCGCCUGCUGACCGGAGAGGUACCUGUGAGGAGCGACGAUGUCGCGGUCUACUUCAGCUUGGAGGAGUGGGAAUAUCUGGAGGAGAACAAGCACCGUUACAAGAACGUUAUGAUGGAGAAUCACUCGUCCCUCAAGCUGCUGGAAGGAUCCAAGCGUAGAAGCUCGAAGGCAGGAUUUGAACGGCCCAAUCCUUUCUCGGCUCCUUCGCGCCCCGAGGACAGGGCCGGCAAAACCAGCCGUGCCGGAAAACGUAUCAAAGUGCGCGUGCUGAGCGCAGAAGACUUCGAACCCGAAUGCGGAGAAGUGAAUCUAGGACAUGGUGGGUGCGCAGAAACAAGCAGCGGAUCUACUCCUCGCCCCGACGAGGGCUCCGAUUCGCCGGGCGAAGGACGUUUCAUAGACGAGGACGGUUUUUCUUCGGAUGAACCUCCGGCUCCGUACAUCGUCGAGGAACGCGGCUCGGGGAGCACGGUCUAUGUCCUUGAAAGCGACGGGGAAACAUCUCCUCUUGGAGGCUCGGGCCGCGUGAAAGAGGAGCCGUUCCCGUGCGAAGAAAGGACUCGCCCGCGGGAUGGCUUUAUAGCCAUGUGUGUGAAGGAGGACCCCGACGCCAUCGAGCCUUUAGAGCACGCAGAGGAAGACUUUGACUGCAUCCAAAUAAAAAAUGAACUGCUGUCGUGGGAAUACGGGGAUAUCGCACACGGGGGUCUCUCUACACCUUCCGACCGCGCGCAGAUGGGUCCCGGCCCCGAUGGGGGGGAAGUGUUUUUUAAUGACCGCUCGAAACCCGAUCGUACGGAGCAGAAGCACGACUCGCGAGAAGAGAACCGCAACGCCAGCUUUUACACGUCCUCGGAUCACACGCUGAUACUGGGCAACCUCUACGCCGAGGUGGAGAAGUACUCCAAGGGCAACCUGUCCGUCAUAAAGUGCAACGAGUGCGGCAGGAGCUUCAACAGCAAGUCGGCCUACACGUUUCACCAAAGAGCGAGCUCCAAGGGCAGGAUGUACAACUGCUCGGAGUACCAGAAGUAUUUCAUCAGCAACUCGGAUCUCGUCAAGCAGCCGUCGGUCAGCAAAGAGAAGAGCUUCUCGUGCUCCGAGUGCGGCAAGUGCUUUUCCUGGAUGGCCCAGCUCCUGAAGCACCAGUGGGACCACGUCAAGGAGAAGAGGUUCACAUGCGCUGAGUGCGGCAAGCGGUGCACUUGCGAGUCGGAGCUCCUAGAACACCAGAAGGUCCACGUGAAAGAGGUUCACAUUGUGUGCGCCGAGUGCGGCAAGCAGUUUACCCAGAAGGAGCAUCUGGCUCUCCAUCAGAAGACCCACGAGGUGGAGAACAGAGAAAAGCGCUUUGCGUGCUCCGAGUGCGGCCGGUCGUACACCAAGAGGUCCCAUCUCGUCCGACAUCAGAAGGCGAAGCACAAAGGGGCCAAGCCUUGCAUAUGUUCCGAAUGCGGCAAGAGCUUCUCCGACGACGUGUAUCUCAGCAAACACCAGAUGGCUCACACCGGGGAGAAACCCUUCUGGUGUUCUGACUGCGGGAAGUGCUUUUCGAGGGGCUCGUACCUCAUAAAACACCGGAGGACUCACGUGAAAUAGGUACCUGGCUCCGCCGAGCGAUUAGGGAAACAUUUUUGCGUAGACAUGGCUGUAGACCUCGGCUAGAAUUUAUUUCAGCGGCCCCUUUAUAGGACGAGCGUUGAGUUUCUUGUCGAAGCAAUAACCGGAGGGAAUCGUGUGCAUGCGGAGUAGUCACGUUUUUGAAUCAUGUCGGUGAAAAAGUCCCAAGAAGCAUCGUUUUAGAGGAGGACGGACCUUGGUUGGACCAACUCGGCCUACGCGGCUCCUUAUAAGCUCACUUCAAAUGGGUUCUAGAAGCUGGCUAGAAAUCUCCAGCUUGGGUCAACGGCGGUUCUUCUUGCCAAGCCGAGCUCCUGAGACUCUGGGACUCUUUUUUUGUGGACAGUUAGGAGAUGAUGGAGACAACGCCGAUGGUCCUAACCACCGAAUGCUCAUGGAAGCUCUCGAAAAUGACCGUUAGAACCAUGUAAAGGCCUCCGUAGCAUUGGGCAAAGUGGAGGAUCUGCUCUUCCUCCCCUUCGUGUCGUUUGACUGUUAUUUACAUACUGAUGAAUAUAACGCGAGUGACCAGUAUUUUAGGUUUAGCUAAUUUAUACGAAAAAAAAAGAAACGUAUUUCCCGGUAAAUGUCGUGGUGAUGUACGAGUAAUGCUCCAAUAAGAAAAUAUUGAUAUUAAAUGAGGUCUCUACUUUGAUUUGAAAAAAUGCAAAUUAACGCAUUUGCAACAUAACUGUUAUUUCCCGUCUUAUGGAUUUUAAUUUUAAAAAAA